ACUCCUCCUGGGGUGAGUGGGACCAGGCUGGUCUAGCCCAAAGGAGGUGGAGUCGCUGUCUAAGUCUGGGGAAGGGUCAAGAUGAGCUCUUGAGUCUGGAAUUUGGCAAGCUAGUUGUCCAAAACACAAUUUUCCAUUCCCGGGCAAGGGAAGACUGAGGGGGAAGGGUCUCGAGAGAGAAGUGUGUGGAGGCCAAGAGCAAGGCAGUCAGGUAGGUAAUGCCCCCUGGUGGGGGAAGGGCCUUCAUUAAGGGCCCCCUUCCCGACCCUCUCUUUUUUUCCCCCGACCCUCCAGCCCACAUCUGGGUCUCAUUACUUUGGCAACUCAGAGAGAUGGAAAAAAGCUUCUGCGAUGUUUUUCUAGAGCAGAAGCAGAAGGCAGAGCCACGGUGCCUCCCCCAACAAUCCUUCCACAUCAGCACUUGGGCAGACAAACGGGCAGGCAUUCCUAUACACACACACCACCGUAGGUGUGGCUGCUAGACCAGCCAGGAGGCCCCAAGUCCCACCCCCCACACCAACACGUGGGCCCCUCACACCCUGCCACUGGCACCUAGACUCACAGGUGAGGGUCGAGGGGACUGGGGGACUUUGUGCUGACUAAAAUCUGAUACAAACGAAAAAUAGGCAGCAGAAUCAUAACUUGUGGCUAAUCUGAAAAAUGGCAGAGACCGAACAAGGGAAAAAUCAGGAUUUUGUAGAAACAAAUCAACACAAAACGCAAACCGACAAGGGCUAAUAUUGCACAUGGUAAAAUUGGUUAUGGAUUCAAAAUUAAGGGAGAAGCAAAUUUUCCUUAGAAGACCCAAAUCUACAAAACUGGCCCGGGAAAGCUGGACACGGUGGAAAACAACUGAUCACAAGAGAACAUCCUCAAUGGCAGGAGAUCUAAUUGAUCAAAUUUGGCACAGGCCAAAAAAAAAAAAAAAAAAAUUGAGGAAUAAAAUCCUCCAGGUAAAAUUUACAUAAAAAUUGUUGUUCCUAAAGACCCUGGAGGUCAUGGUCCCCAGACCUUCCGUUAGCCCGAGACAGGAACCAUUCCCAAAACCAACUCUUCAGACAGGGAUUGGACUGGACAAUGGGAUAGAAAAUGAUACUGGUGAGGAGGGAGCUUCUUGGAUCAAGUAGACACAUGAGACUAUGUGGGCAGCUCCUGUCUGGAUGAGAUGAGAUGGCAGAGGGGGACAGAAGCUGGAUGAAUGGACAUGAAAAUACAGGGUGGAGGGAAGGAGUGUGCUGUCUCAUUAGGGGGAGAGCAACUAGGAGUAUAUAGCAAGCUGUAUAUAAAUUUUUAUAUGAGAGACUGACUUGAUUUGUAAACUUUCACUUAAAGCAUAAUAAAAAUUAAAAAAAAAAUCAUUGCUCCCACUGGGGAAAAAAAUCUAUAAAAUAAAAAUGAAAACGGAAAAAAAAAAGGAAGCCUUUUAACCGUUUUGUAUAGAAAGUUGAUCAAGGAACUAAAUUUAGUUCAAUAGGUCAAGAAAUUCUGUAUCUAUUCACUCUGAAAAAUAUAUCCUCCAGAAAAAUUCAGAACCUGUUGCUGUCACUGCUCCCUAUAGUUUUCUUGGCUGUAAUUCUUAUGAAAGCAGACUGCCAGGCCUUUCUUCUGAGGUGCUGCUGGGUAGAUUCGAACCGCCAACCUUUAGGUUGGUAGUGGAGCACAAACUAUUUGUGCCACCCAGGGACCUGAAAAUUCACAAAUGCUGAUAUCAUCCUGAUUUUUAAAAUGUUUAUAUUCCUCAACCCAGAGACUCAAACAUCCAGUGGGUCAAGAUAGUGGAUGGAGUCAGCAUGGUGGGUCUAAAACUGGGGGCUCAGAACACCCUCAGAUAGGCUCCCACACUGCACAUCCAUGCAUUCACACGUGUGCAAGGCCCCUGUGGAUCUCCAUAUCUGGCCACAGCCACCCUACCCCUCCUCCCCAGGGUACCUGGGAUGCCAGGUGCUCACGCAACCUGGCAACACCCACCUGCACCCCCUAGGAGGGAACAAUGAGACCACUGUGACCCCUGCAGGAUUCUGGUGGCCUCACAAUAUCCUCCUGAAGUCACCACAGAGACAAACUUACCGCCCUCUGCACCCUUGGCACAAGUCGGCUGAGGCCACCGUGGGUGAUCAUCCUUGCUCCUCUCUCUGACCAUCCAGGGGAAGGAAAGUGCUGAGAGAACCAGGAACCGGGACACACCUCACCCACCCAAAGAGGAGCAACCCAAUAGAGACUUCCAGCUGCCACCCUGGAGGUCCUCACAUCCAGCUCCCUUCACCUACCCCAGGGAGAAAUGCAGAAAGAUACCUCGCGGCAGCCCUCAACUGUCCCCUUGGCCUCCAACACUGCCCUUGGAGGAAGCCGGCUGUCCAGUGUGUCCGGUAUCCCUAACAAGAGUGACACUGGGAGCCGCGCCUUUCCCAAACCCCACCGGAGGCCCAGCAUGUCCCGGGUGAUCCUGGAAGCUGUGGCCGACAAGGGGGCACACCACCGCAUGUCCCUGGCCGCUCUGAAGAAGGCUGUUACCACCACAGGCUACGAUAUGUCCCGCAACGCUUGGCGUUUCAAGCGAGUACUCAAGGGACUGGUGGACAAUGGCAUGCUUAAGCAGGUGACCGGCAAGGGGGUUUCAGGCUCCUUCCGCAUUGGCAAGAAGCAGACCUCCAAGUCCAAGCUCAAGCUCAAAAACAGGCAGCCGCUGCGAAGGCGGCAGUCUGGGCAGCGCAGACCCGGGCAGCGGCAGCGGCCUGGACAGCGGCGGCCUGGGCAGCGGCGGGCUGGGCAGCGGCGGCCUGGGCAGCGGCGGCGGCCUGGGCAGCGGCGGCCUGGGCAGCACUGGUCACUACUGGGCUCCAGACGGGGGCACAAGCGCAUCCACAGGGUGGCCAGAUGCCGCCGCAAUUAA